GAGCUGACGGGCAAAUUGCCCCCCGAGUACCCCCUGGAGCCCGGAGAGAGACCCCAGCCCCCACCCCGACGCCGUUCCGGGGGACCCCCGCGGGGACCCCCCCCCGAGUGGCCCCUGUACCCCAACGGUGGCUCCCGUCCCCCCGUGUGUCACAUGGGGACCCCAACAUCCUGCGGGUCCCCACACGCUCUGAUGUGCCGGGCGCGGCGCGAGGCGCAGGCCCAGGCGCAGGUGCAGGCCCAGGUGCUGGAGGCCGCGCGCCGCUUGGCCGCGGCGCCGGGGUUGCCGCCCGAGCAGCGGCGCCGGCGGCAGCGGCUCCAGGCCGAGGCCGCCCAGAGGCUCCGGCAGCUCCGGGCGCAACUCGGAGCCCCCGGACACGAUGAGAACGGGUCCCUGUGUGACCUGCCCGUGCUGGAGAAUGGAGCUCUGCCCCCCCCCAAGCCCCCCCCGGGCCGCCCCUCCCCCCCCCGGGGGGGCUCCAGCAGCCCCGAGCGCCGGCCCCCUCCCCCCAUGGACCCCCGAGGUGCCCCCCGGGCGCCGCAGCUCCCUCGCCAGCCCCGCCAGCCCGGCUCGCACCCUGCCCCGCAGCGCUUCCACCUUCGAGGGUCGCAGCGUCCCGGCCACGCCCGUGCUGGCCCGGAGCCCCCGGGGCCGCCCCGACGCUCCAGGUUUACCCCCCCGCCCUUGGUCCGGUAGCCAAGACUCCCAACUCGGUGGCCCCCCCACCCCCUUGCCCACCCCCACAAGGAGCCCCCCGCACCCGCCGCAGCAACAGCUCCGAGGCUUUGAUCGACUGGGG